GUGGCCGGUAGGCGGCCUGCCGGACCUACGUGGGCCCUCUAGUGUAGCUGCACACAUGCACGCGACAGCAUCUGACCGCCGCCGCAGCCGCAGCCGCAGCCCUCCGAGCUGCCCUCCAACCUGCUGCCGCCGCCGACGUCGUCGCGUCACAUCCUCGCGUAGUCGCCUUCGCCCUCACCCUCCUAUUCGCCUACCUACGUGUUCGAGGCAAGAUCUUCGAGUUGGUCCGUUGUCAAACACGUGUAGUUCGUGAAAUCGUUUCUACAAUGACAGCCGUUAUUGCUAUCUCCGAAACCGAGUGAAGCUCGACGGAUUGAACAGUGUCUGUCGGUUAGGAAACUUCGCGGGUGUUUCGUGUUGUCUUUUGAUGAGGUGGACGAGAGAUCGUGCAAGCUAGUGCUUUAGAGAGUGACGCUCUUCGAGUGCCGCGUGUACGAGCUGUCAGUGGUGUGCUUUUUAUAUAUCGUUUUGCUCGAUGCUAUUAUCUCGUCAGGAAGAACACCGAGUGAUCUAUCGAAAAUAGUCAAGAGAGAAGCCGAGCACGUUGGAUCUCGCGGCGUUGUCUGCUUACGGGGGCGUAUCGGGACCCAGGGUCGCGGUGGCGGGCACUGGGCUCCUCGCGCUACCCGGCCUGAUACCCGAGAAGGGUUUAUCAUCGCCCGGCGGCCAGUCGAAACCAAAGUCCGCAGGGCUGGCGGGUCUCGACAGCGAGGCGGUGCGCCGCUGGGUCGCGGAGGCCGCACGGAUUCGCCAGAUUCCGCCUCCGGUGCUGGUGCCCUCGAGUUCUCAACCGCCACCACCGUCGCCCCAGCAACAACAACAACAUCAACGACAACAGCAGCAUCACGGCCAUCGACAACGGCACGAAGCCAGCCCACCGUUGGUGGGACCCACCCCUUUCGUUUUACCGACCCCGAUGACCCAUACCGCCACUAUGCAUCUAUUGGAGAACAACAACUUAGUGGAGGUUGCGAUGGCACAGCAACAACAGUCCCAUCAGCAGGUACAGCAACAACAAAAACAAAAACAGACGAGCCCGACAAAUAACAAUACUAUUGAAGCCUGGAGAUCGAUCCAAGGUAGCCAUCAAUGGUGGAGCACGCCUAGUGCCGUACAUCAGGAACAGCAGCAAUCACAACAGCAACAGCAGCAACAAUCGCAACAGCAGGUAGCUCGGGUCAGUCAAGCGCAAGCUCUCGUCGCUGGUGCGAUAUGCGGGCAGGUGCAAAGGCAUCAGAUACAUUCGGAGAUCGAUCAGCCUCUCGACUUUUCCGUCGGUUCUCUUCAACAACAUAGACUGCAAUCGCGAGUUAGGAUUAUGCACGAGAGGCUACAGGGCAGGAUCACCGACAACAACAAUGGUACACUCGGCGCACAAAAAAUCAGGGGAUCCAGUGGUAGACGAAGUUACAGUCCCAGCGAGGCUAGUACCAGUAGUAGCGAGGAUGAGGGUGUAUCCAACGGGGGUAGUCCGCCAGGACCUCUACGAGGUGUCGAGAAUGAUUCGUGCGAGCCGCUUGUGGAGCGACCUUACGGUAAGGUUUGGAUGGGCGACAACGAGGUCGCGUGGCGAACGGAACAAUCCUUCAAGAGAACGUCUCCCCUUAAUCCUUGUGCCACAACGACUACGACAACGACGACGACAGGUGGUGGAGCACCGAUACACCCCCACCUGUCGCCACCCAUAGCCGCCCCUGUGACGACUCCUGAUCACAGAAGCCCGACCAGUCUUCACGCCAAACUUGCCAUCUCACCUGCUCGAUCGAGCAUGUCUACAGACGAGUUCUUUUCUACCGACGAAUUAAUAACGAUAUAUUCCGAUACCAGCGACGCGCUCGGCCGAAUCGAUAAGGAGCCAGCCUCGCCGGAAUCCAUACAAGAUGCGGAUCUACACGCUGAGGUCGAAGGAGCCGAGCUCAGUGGAGAUGAUCGAAGUAUCACGAGUGAUAUUCAAGAUGUCACCGAUGCGAAUCUCGAUCACGAUUCAAUGGACUCGGAUAGGGAAGCUCUUAAUUUGGUUACUGAUGUAUCACAUCGUAAUAGCAGCAGUGGCACCAGCGGCAGCUCAUCUUCGCCAAGUUCUGGAGUGAGUAGUCAAUUGACUGGUACGCAUCAGCAACAACAACAACAGCAACAACAACAGCAACAACAGCAACAGCAACAACAUACGAGUACGCAAAAUAGUGGAAACUCACAGGCAGCGUUGGCAGCUCAAUUGGUCGGCCAACAAUUAUUAAUGCAUGGAUCUCUCGGUACUCUCGGACCUCAAGAGAUUCAAGCUCUUGCAUCGACCCUGCAGCAACAACAACAAUCGCUGCAGCAACAACUGCAGCAAUUUGCUAUGUUUCAGCAAGCCAAUCCUGCAGCGGCUGGGCAACUUCCGGCACAGGCACAAUUUUUCUUGCAAAAUCAAGUACAGCAAGCCGUAGCACAGGCAGCCCAACAAUUACAAGCCUUACAGAAACAACAGGCUCUUCAAGGUGGAGGUGGGUUGGUAGGAAGAAAUUUAACGCAACAAAGAUCGCCACCACCUCCUGGUACACCUCCAUCUGUAAAACCACCACCAGCAAGACUAGAACCCUCACCGGAAGAAACAACGGACCUUGAAGAACUCGAACAGUUUGCGAAGACUUUUAAACAACGACGGAUCAAGCUUGGUUUUACGCAAGGUGACGUUGGUCUUGCUAUGGGAAAACUCUACGGCAAUGACUUCUCUCAAACCACUAUUUCAAGGUUCGAAGCAUUAAAUCUUUCUUUCAAGAACAUGUGCAAGUUAAAGCCUCUUCUUCAAAAAUGGUUAGAAGAUGCCGAUAAUUCCUUGAACAAUCCAAACUCACUCUCCAAUCCUCUCACGACACCAGAAGCAAUAGGCAGGCGACGAAAGAAAAGAACUUCCAUAGAAACUAGCGUUAGAGUGGCACUAGAGAAAUCUUUCGUCCAAAAUCCAAAACCUACUUCCGAAGAAAUUACCGUAUUAGCGGAUAGUUUAGCGAUGGAAAAAGAAGUUGUUCGAGUUUGGUUUUGUAACAGGCGACAAAAAGAAAAAAGGAUCAAUCCUCCAACGGCAGCAAUGGGGAGCCCGACAAUGGCGUCGCCUGCACCAUCAGUUUUUGCCUCUUUGGCGAAUUCGAUAUCCGGUAGUCCCUUAGCUCUGACAACACAUUCCUCAGGAUUAGCUCAUUCUCAUUCACAUUCCACGUCAUUGGGAUCGCCCCUUCCCUUGGCCUUAGUGGCAUCGGCCGGUGGAAAUUACCAUCCAUUGAGUGGGAAAUCUCACGAGUGACAACAACAGACGACCCAUCAAGGGGACAGCCUUUACCAUCAUCAUGAUCAACAACAGAAACAGCACCAACAACAACGACGUUUGUGCAAUUUAUCCGAUUUCUAUCAUUAAAUUAUAAAUCAUAAAAAUAGUAUACUAUAUUUACGUGUUGGAAAGCACAUAAAAUAGUACCAAUAGUAUCUUGGGCCAAAUGAAACUUGGUGUCGAGAUGGUAUUAACAAAUAAUUCAACGAAGUUCUUCAAGGUUUUCAAUUAACCUUGGAACAUAUGAUAUACAAAAAUCAGCAGAUCGUAGUUAUCUUCGGUACAACAUCUCGUCUGAUGUAUAUCUGGUGUUAUAAAAGGAUGGAACAUAUUCGAAUCAAGAUAUUUCUUGGGUCAUUUUGAAAAAACCUAAUGAAAAUCUUGAUAAACAUAAACGACCGACAAAAAGUAUACGAAGACACAUUGUUACGUCUGGACAGCCACGCUGAAAAACUAAAACGGGGGAAGCAACGAUAUUCACUAAACAUAUAGGAAGAAGCUUUCUACUUUUCCUAUCGAAGAAUCGGAGCUGAUCAAAACAUUUUCACUAUUUUUGUUUAAAAAUAUCCAUUGAAUUUCUACAACAAAUAUCUCUCUUACGGAUAAGAGAAUGCAAAAAAACCUUACAAAUAGAUAAGGAAGAAUGUAAAUAGACUUAAACAUUAUCAUUGCUUAAUACUGUCUAUAUCAUUAAUUCAAAUUUACAAAUAUCAAAUUUUCUACAAAAUUUUGAACGUAAGUUUUCGUAUUCUUAAUAUUCAAAGGUUUGUGUUCAAUGUUUCAUAUUCGUUUAUACGUUACAACGAAAUACCUCCCUCCACCUUCCCCGAGAGUUCAUUAUUGGAAAGUGUCAUACAAAGAUAAAAAACUCUUUUACUUUUAAUAGGAAUUGCAAUUGUCACAGUUACCGUUUAAAAGAGAUAAACAAAUACAUUUUCAAUUUAAAUUUAUCGUUCAUGAUUCGAAAAUACAUAUUUCUUGCCAUUUAAAACACACUUUGAUAAGUACAUCGAGUAUUUCAAUAAUAUAUUACACGGCUACUUAAAAAAUGUUUUAUCCUUUUAACGGUACGAUAAAAGAAAUCAAUUAGUAUCAAGAAAUUUGUCGGUAUAGGUAAUAUAUCAAAUUUUAAUAUUAUUUUCUUUUUAAAAUUUUCACUGGAUUUAUCGAUACGGAAGAAAAUAGUCGACGAUGCCUCUUUAUAAACGUCGACUAUUUCCUUUCCAGAUUCCUCUUUCUCGUUUUUAUUUUUUUUAAGAUUUCUUUCUUUUUUUUUUAGACGAUAUCAUUCGAAACAUGUAUAAAUCAUCGUACACGAAUUUGAAAAAAAUACAAGCAUAAGUAAUCAAUAAUUAUUUAGCGAAAUAAUAAUACUUUUCUUAACUGUAAUAACGAGCUUUUGAACGACGGCUAAUCAUGUAAUUAAUUUAUGAAAAAGAAAAGGUAUUAUAAAUUAUAUAAGAAUAUAAUUAGACGCGUGGCUAAGUUAGAUAGAAAAAGGAGAAUCUUGUGAUCAUCGAUAUUCGUUCGAAACUAUUUAUUUAAAGGAUUCAUUUUACUCACUUUAGGAUAUCGCGCUUCCGUGAAGAAAUAGAAACAUCCAGCGGGGUCCGAUAAUACCUGUUUGUAAAUAUAAAGUGCGUAACGUGUCUAUCGAAAGCUCGUACAUAUCCGUGACCCAUGUUAGUACAUAUAUACUGUAUGGGAGCCAAGGCCCGUGCUCACACUGGCAAGAAUGCGAGCAGACUCGUUCCAAUAAAGUAAAAGUUUAAAGGUUAAAUGGGUGAUAGAAAGAUCACUUAUAACUAUCGAUCUCCGUAUAACGAAAAAGUCAUGAUUCAUACCAAAGGAAUACUGUGAAGUACAAUAAAUAACUAAAUAUAGCAUAAUAUGUACGAUAAAAGAAAUCUUUUUUAAUAAUAUUCUCGAUUCUAAAUGAAGGAGAUCAGGAUAAGUCAUUCGCAUUCUUGUCAACAAUUUUUUUUCGACGGACACGUAUAGCGAUAAUUUUGUAGAUAUACGUCCCGAGAUAAUACGUAAUGUAUAUAUUGUGUAAAAAUUAUAAAUAACUAUACACACUCACAGAUAUAGACAGACAGAGACAAACAGAGACAGACAAAUACCACACAUAUACGCACGCACCAAAAAUAUAUACAUAAACGUAUGAUUGAAAUUUCGAGAACGAACAGUUGAUAUGAGACGAAAAUAAAAGCUUAUACUGAACUAUAGGAAUUCGCUGUGAAACGAUCGUUAACAAAUGGAAAAAGUAUCAGUAAUUAUUAACUUUAAGAGCGAUGUGCGUGUACGAACAUUGAUAGAAAAACGUGUUGAUUAAUGCAAAGGUAUACAUAACGACUAUAUCGUUACGGUGAUAUAAAUACCGACAUAUGUAUGUAUGCAUAUAUACUUACAUAUAAAUGUAUAAAUAAAAAUAUUGUAUAUAGUAGAAAUACGAUAAAGAUCCGACACGGUCGAAAAAUAAGGAGAAUCAUUAGUUGUAAUAGCGUUAUUAUUAUUAUUAUUAUUAUUAUUAUUAUUAUUAUUAUUAUUAUUAUUAUUAUUAUUAUUAUUAUUAUUAUUAUUAUAAUUUUUAAUUUUAUUAUUAUGAUUAUUAUUAUUGCUAUUUUUAUUAUAAUUAUUAUUAUGAUUACUUUUAUUUUAACUAAUAUUAUCAGAAUAGCACCGUGGUCACGAUCACUGCCGCUACUAUUUGUAUCCUAUGUCGUGCGAAACAUUGUGAGAUUCUUUCGUAUAAAAAGGCAUAUAAAGUUAAACAGGUAUCGCGUGCGAAUAUGUAAGAUCUUCGUAAACAGGAUGUAAUAUAGGUGUACAUGUGCACGUCUUUAUCGUACCUAUAUACAAAGACACAAUUGCCAUUCAACCCUGUUGAUUAUACUUGAUAUUCGAACUUUAUUUGGAAUUUUCGCAUCUCCCAGAAUCGUGGACCAAGUUGUAGUAAAAAUAUAUGAACAAAAAGGAAAGAAAAGACAAGAAAAAUGAAAAGACGUUGUGGUUGUGGAAAAAAGAAAACAAAAUAAAUAACGUAAAAGAGUUCCUAGAAUCGCGCGCGUACUCAAUAUUAUCGUGCACGCGAAUGCGCGGGCGAUAAUUAAACAAGAAAGGAAUUGUAAACUUGAAAAAUGUAAUUGAGAAAAAAGAGAAAAAUAACCGUAUAAUUAUAGUUUGAAAAAAUAGAACACAAGGUUCGAGAAACUUUUAGACAGAUAGAAAACGCGUGUUAAAGAAAAGAAAAGAAGAGAAAAAGGGCAAGGGAUUUUCAAUGAUUUUGUUCGAACAAAGUCUCUUUAUAGAUAAGAAAAUUUGAAAAUAUUUAAAGCAUUUCCCUUUGCCCACCUUUCUGAAACUCCUAACCCUUUAAAUCAUAUUCAGUCUAAUAAUUUCUCUUUCGAAAAGGCAGCGCAUUUCGUGAACGAUAGAUAUAUUAUUAUAAACGAUUAGCUAUCAGUUUAUUAUUAUUAUUAU